GCUAUUACUUCUUGGACAAGGUGAAUGCAACUUGUAUUGAUGGGCAAAUAAAGAUGACAUCCGAAAAGGUUCAUAAGAGUAAAAAACACAAGAAAGAAAAAACAGACAAGGUAGCACGAACAACUUUAAACCUAGACAAUGUAGAUUGUAACACUGAUGAAGUUGUCCCUAGUGCAACUCCUAAAAUCAAGAAAAGAAAGGUGAAGGUAAAACUUAAAGGUAACGAGUGUAUUGAGGAAUGCUCCACUACCAGUGCCUCAUUGAAUAAACAUUCAGAGAAGAGAAAGAAAAAAAUUGUCAAAAGAAGAGAAUCUGAUGAAGAGAUUGCAAGUGGCAAGAUUGCAAUUGUUGAAGCCUUUGAAAAUGCCAGGGAACCAACAUCUAAAAAGCACAAGAAAAAGAGGAAUAAAAGCAGUAGGGCUGCAGAUGAUGUUAAUGAAGCUAGCGGUCUAGUCUCUGAACCCGUGUUGGAUGAAAAUAGCCAGGCUAGUAAAAAAUGCAAGAAAAAAAAGCACAGCAGAGGUCUGAUGGCAAACUGCUCUGCUGAAAAUCUAAAUAUCAGUGGAAAAGGAGAUGCAACAUCACCAAAAAAAGACGAGGAUCGCAAUGUUGACAGUACUUGUGUUACUGCCUCGACUAAUGAUGUCCAUAGUUUGACAGUCGUGCCAGAAAACAACACAAAGAAACAUAAGAAGAGAAAACAUGCAGAAAGGGAAGUCAUUUCCUCCAACUCUGUGCCAAAAUGUGGUGAGCUCGUUGAAUCACCAAAGAAGAAAAAGAAGCAUAAAAAACAGCACCAUGAAGAGGAUGAAGUUGAGGCACGUGACGAUUCUGGCUUGACAACAUGUAGUAAAGGCAGCCCUGUGUCGAAUACAGUGAAAAUUAAAUGUGCAAAGGAGGAAGCUGAAGUACCGCCUCCCUUAACGACGACCAACCAGUGGAGUACAACUGGAUUGUUGGGUGGAGGGGAUCGGCAGAAUAAGUUUCUAAGCCUUAUGGGGGCAUUCAAGAGCCCCAACGCAGGCCCCAAGAAUGUUUUCGCUGCAGGGCUUCGAAGUACAUCUUCAGCAAUGAGCAAAGAUAAGGAAGAGGCAUUUGCAAAUGCCAUGUCCACUCACUUUGAAAAAACCAUGGGAAUGCAGCAAGACGUUCGUAAAGGGUUCGGCCUGGGCUAUCAGGAGCCCGAAGGAAGUAAUACGAAAUUUCAUAUAGAUACGUCAUGUGUUCGAUCAAAAAAAUUUAACUAGAAAAAACGUGUAGUUUAAUGUGAUCAGUAUCAUGCUAUUGUGUUGAGAGUUAAAAAAUAUAUAGGUUUAGCUAUAUUCAGAAAUGUUCAGUUUACUUUUAUUUUGAAAGUAGUAUAAGCUGUACAGAUUACAUUAUUAAAAUUUCAUUUUUAGCUCACCUUGACAUCGUCAAGCUGAGCUAUUGCCAUGG